GAUAAUGCGCAGCGUAUCCGUACGUCAUCUUUUUUUCCUCGUCAGGUAGUCUUCUGUAGUUUGUGUCUAUGUGCAGGAGGAAGGACCGAGUUUUGGUUAACACAUACAUCGAACGAAGCUGGAUUGCGGGGCUAUUUUCUCCUAACACUUCCGGUCCGGAUAACCUUUUCCGGUUACAUCGACUACGACGGAUUUCAGUGGCUGGAUCGGGCGACUAAAGGGUGAGUCGCGCUGGCCCGCGGCAGUUGGGACUGUGCCUCGGGCCAGCAAAUUAAUAUUAGAAACCCCUCAGUGAGUUGAGGCUCGUUUUGUCCCGCCUGUCUCCAGGUCUUACAUUUCGGUUAUUUUUCAUUGUGAUCCCCCUUGUCCGGGCUUGGGCUAUGCUGCAGAGUGGAAUUGGGUCCAGAGCUCCAAUAUGCCAACGGGAAAGAAGUUCAAACUUAGCAAGUACAUCCCUGUGUCGGCAGCAACGACCUUCCUAGUGGGCUCCACAACGCUUUUCUUUGUAUUUACUUGUCCAUGGCUCUCUCAUACCCUUUCACCUGCUGUUCUGAUCUACAAUGCACUCGUGUUUCUGUUCGUAUUGGCAAAUUUCAGCAUGGCCACUUUCAUGGACCCAGGCAUCUUCCCUAGAGCUGAGGAGGAUGAAGACAAGGAGGAUGACUUUCGUGCCCCUCUGUACAAGAAUGUGGAAAUAAAAGGGAUUCAGGUCCGUAUGAAGUGGUGUUCUACAUGCCGCUUCUACCGGCCACCACGCUGCUCCCAUUGUAGUGUCUGUGAUAACUGUGUGGAGCAAUUUGACCACCAUUGUCCUUGGGUGAAUAACUGUAUCGGGAGACGGAAUUACAGAUAUUUUUUUCUAUUUCUUCUUUCCCUGACAACACACAUCAUUGGAGUAUUUGGAUUUGGGUUGCUGUAUGUCCUGAAGCAUAUGGAUGAGCUGUCCAGUGUCCACACAGCUGUCACUCUUGUACUUGUAUGUAAAUAGCCUAUGUUUUGUAUUCCGGUCUGUCUCCUGACUCUUUACCACCAGCUCCUGUUAAGCCAGACAGAUACUACAGGGGAAAGGGUCACGGGUAAAUUCAGAGGUGGUGUGAACCCUUUUACAAACGGUUGCUGGAGAAAUGUAUCUCACGUUCUUUGUAGUUCACAAGCACCAAGGUAUCUUGGCCGACCAAAGACUGAGCAAGUGGCAGUGGUCAAGCCUCCAUUCUUGAAACCAGAGAUCUCUGAUGGGCACAUCACUGUAAAGAUCAUGGACAAUGGCAUCCAGACAGAAUUGAAGAGAAGCAAGUCCAAAGGAAGUCUGGAGGUUAUGGAGAGCCAGUCCGCUGAUGCAGAAGCGCCUCCACCACCAAAGCCAGAUUUAACAAGAUAUACAGGCUUGAGAGGACAGAUGACGCUGGGGACUGGUGAAGAGAGUAUUCUGUUACCCAAGAAGGAUAAUCCACCAACGCCAACAAUGUACAAAUAUAGACCUGCAUACAGCACAAACUACUCAGGGUUACCACCUGGAUCCUUGCCACACUCAAGCAGUGCAAAGUUAACCAGAGGUGAAAGCUUGAAGGAACCACCAUCAAUAGCUGAAAGUAGCAGAAACCACAGCUACCGUUCUGAACCAAGUUUAGAGGCAGAAAGUUUCCGCUCUCCCACCUUUGGGAAAGGUUUCCGCUUUGAUCCUCUUUCUAGUGGUUCACGCUCCUCCAGUCUGAAGUCAGCACAGGGAACAGGUUUUGAAAUGGGUCAUCUGCAGUCUAUUCGCUCUGAGGGUACCACCUCUACAUCUUACAAGAGUCUGGUGAAUCAGACUCGAAAUGGCAGCCUCUCCUGUGAUAGCCUGUUAACACCGUCUGACAGUCCUGACUUUGAAUCUGCACAAACUGGGCCUGAGCCCGUAGGCUACACCUCUCCAUAUUUGUCAGCAAAAAUCACCCAGCAAAGGGAAGCGGACCUGCACCGGUUUCAGACACAUGGAAAUGUUAUUGCUGCAGGCUCUCCUAAACUGCACCCACGUGAUACUUCACCUGUGCGUUACGAGAAUCUUUCCAGACAGAUCAUGGCCACAAUGCAUGAGAGGGAAAAGUUACUGCACACAGAUGAAGAGUCUGCUCAAGUGGAUUCAGGAGUCCAGUCCACACCUGGUUCCAGUAAUGCCCCACGCACUAGCUCUUCUUCAGAGGACUCAAAACGGUCUCCACCAGGGAGAGUUUCUUCUCAAGAAAGUGUAAGCUGUAGGGCGAUUGCCCCAAGGUUUGGAAGGUUAUCUGAGAGUGGAUCAGUACAGUCCCAGCACUCAUUACGGGUGCGUUCUCUUGGUUCUCCAGACCAGCCACCGCCAUAUGGGUCUCCUGUUGGCAAAUCUAUCUCCUACAGCAGCCAUAAACCUCCACCAUUUGCAAAUGCACUGGAUAUAAUAGAAUCAGGGUCACAGCCUGUCUUGGCACCAAAGGAUGAUGUGCAAAUAAAAACUGGUUAUAGCAAGAUAAAUGGCCAGCCAAAAUCACUGGUGAAAGCAGAGCUACGGCAGGGGCCAGGGAGUAGUGCUGCCCAGGCUCCUCUAAGCCCAACGAGAGCAGUGAAGAAGGUGUCUGGUGUUGGUGGAACAACAUACGAAAUUUCUGUAUGAAAACAAAACCUGUAACUCUUAGCCAAGAAGACAGAAAUGGGUGGGUGGCGCUGUCUACACUUGCUUGAAUGAAACUGCACUGAGAACACACAAGACACUACAAUUCAAGAUUUGCCAUGUGGAAUGUAUGUUUUAUAGUUAUUUUUGGUUUUAACCAAUUACAAAGCAAGAACACUUCCCAGCGUUGACAGCGUCUGGCAGUGCUGUGGUCCAGCAGUUUACAGUUCACCACCACCCCACCUGCCUGCUCCAGCACAGACUGUAUAUUUUUCACUCAGUCAUGGAUUCCAGUAGUAUACACUGUGAUAAAUUACAAGGACCCUAACCGCUAAUCAGCUUGGGAUGUAUGAAAAAAGAUGAGGGACAGUGGCUUAGUGAUACAUACAUUCUCAGUUUUUUUUUCUCCUUUUUUUAUCUGAAUUAAGACUCUGGUGAGAGGACUGUGCAAUCACUAUAGUAACAUAUAUUAAGAAUGGAUUUUAAAAUAUUUUGUUUCCUAAGUUAAAGGGAUAUGUACUCAGAUUUAAAAAAAAAACACAAGAAAAGAAACACAA